AUGGACGACUUUCUUUUCGACGAGACUGAUGCCUUUGCUUUGCCUCUGCUGGACUGGUUCGAUUCAGACGAUAUACUGCUGAAAUCUCCUGAGCUGGAUAGGAGCCACACGCAUCUACAGCAGACGCAGUUCCCAGUCACUGUCAGCCAUUGCCCGACCAGUCCAGUGAGCACCGAUGACGACACCAUAGACGCUGAAGUGUUGACGCCGCCUCCUGCUUUUCAGUAG